AGGUGAUUGAAAGCGUGUGUGUGUGUGUGUGUGUGUGUGUGUGUAUACAGUAGGUCUACACAACUGUUGCCAUCUCCGGUUCAGGUUAGGCGUCAUCACGCCAUGCAAACUAUUGUUAUAAAACAUACGUCGCGAAAGAAUUUUAAUCAGUCAUCAGUGCAUUAGGCUAGCUGUUAGAAGAGGAAUGUUAUGUGAAAGCUGAAGCUAAGACGUCAACACAAUAAUCAUCGUUGCUGCUUCUAAGUUAGUUAGGCCUAUAGAUCUAGGUACUAAACGCCCACAGUACGCUGACGACUUGGCUUUACCUUUCAGUUCAAAGUCUGCUUCAACCCAGGAAAAAGUGAGAAAUCAUGGCAUCCCAGAGCGUAUGGGGCGACGUGGCCUUGAAGUACAAGAUUGACCCCGAAACUGAAGCAACGUCCAGAAAAUUCAUUGAGUAUGGAAGCCCACAUAUCCACAAAGGAACCCUUGAGCAAGGUCGACAGGCCUUCCUGCAGCUUGGCCUCAUUAGCGCACUUGCACCUGGGUCUUUCAAGGGUUCUGUAAAGGACUACAUUGUGCCGUCCGAGCAUGUCUCUGAUGGGAUUCCUGUGUCGGUCUUCACGCCGACUUCAGCUCCCCCCGACCCUGUGAUUUAUCUGUACCUGCACGGAGGCGGUCUGGCUGCUGGAUGCAGGAAGACAUACGAACAUGUGGUGCAGUAUAUUGCCGAAACCAGCGGGGCUAUUGUUCUGAGCGUCGACUACCGCCUUCUUCCUAACGAAGAGGAUCGCUUUGCACCCUUCAACGACUCGGUGACUGUUGCAAAAUGGGUGCUGGAAAAUAAAGAGCUUUUGGGCGGUACCAUUAAGAGUAAAGUGGGGAUUGGAGGUGAUAGUGCUGGAGGCCAGCUGGCGUCUUGUGUCACCAACGAGAUGCAAGGCUUCGACUUUCAGAUCUUAGUUUAUCCGGUAAGUGGAGUGGACUGCUCCGUUGGGUCGAUGCAAGAGUUUAGAGACAUCCCGGCUUUUUGUGGCAAGGAUAUGGAGUGGCUGUUUGAUUUCUCCAUUCCGUUCAUUCCGGACGCUGAGACAAAUCCUAGAGUAAAUCCUCUGGCUAGAACUAGAUCAAACUUAGAGUUAUCUCCCCCUACUCUUGUAAUCACAGCAGAGUUAGACCCUUUGCGGGACUGGGGGAUAAUGUUUGCCGAGAAGCUGAAAAAGGCUGGCGUCCGUUGUGAGCAUGUCCCGUUUAAGGGGGUUCCACAUGGCUUUAUGUUCGAAAUGAAGAGCUACCUCACCUGCUCUAGCGCUGGUUACAAGGUCACUACUGACUUCAUGAAAUCUUAUCAAGCAGAAAAGACAAGUCCUCUGUAAGGGGGAUUCUGCU